GUCUCCAUAAGUUCUCACCCAGGGUCUCCUUUCUCCCCUUUCCCCACCCUCAGGUGUCGUUGCCACGGUGUCUCUCAGCUCCCUGCAGAACCCAGUGUGGGUUUCCCCUGGGGAUAAAGUCAUCCUGCCCAUCUCCCUCCAGCUCCUCAACUACACCUGGGAUUUCUUCCACCUCAAGUGGAGAUUCCUGACAAGGGAUCACCCUGUUCUGGUUUACACCAUGGAAAGAUGCAACCAGAGCUCGGGAGGAUCCGACCAGUGGUGCCAAAGGAAGGUUGAGGUGGUAGAUCUCUACAAGCCAAGGGCAAGUGUCAGCCAAGGUGCUUCACUGGUGCUCCAGGAUGCCCACCCAGAUGAUGCUGGUGUUUACCAGCUGAUGGUGCAGACUCUGGACAUGGUGCACACCACGCAGGUCACGCUGAUUUUGCAAGGUACCUUCUCCCCGUUCUUCCUCUCCAGCAGCCCAGCCCACGCUCACCCCAACCAGACAGCACAGCUCUCCUUCUCCCUGCAGCCCCCCAGCUCCAGCUGGGACUUCAUCUGCAUCACCUGGGAGCUCAUCAGCAGCCCCAGGAACCUUCCCAUCCUUAAUUACACCUUGGAUGGUUGCCAAGGGGAAGCCCAGGACUGGUGGAGGAGGAGCUGCAGAACCUCCUGGGAGGUGGCUGAGCUGUACAGGCAGAGGGUGGAUGUGGAACCCAAUGGCACCUUGAAGCUCAGGGAGGUGCAGGAUGAGGACACAGGGACCUACCUGGUGACAGUUCGAGCUCCAGAAGGGUUGGCUUGUGUGGCUGUCAACUUAUCCAUGAGCAGAGCUGAAAGGCAGAAGUGA